AUGAGAGGAUCCGAUAAGUCGUCUCGAGCUCCGGUAUUUUACGACGAGAGGUCGGGAGGACCCAACAAGUCUUCUCGAGUUUUGAUAUUUUACGACAAGAGGAGGACGCGACGAUAUAGUGGACAGGAAGUCUCGACGAGAAGUUUUGCGCCUCGAUUAUUUUCGCAGAUUGGUUGGGUUGAGAAAUUUAGUGCCCUAGUACAAAGGUCAGAAAGGCUCAACGAGAGGUUCCGCGCUCUGGUUGUUUGUAAAGUGAGGUUGGCUCGAGGAGAAGUUUGCGGCCCAAUUAUUUUUGUAAAGAGGGCGAGAGGACCCGAUGAGGUUUUCAAGCCCCAAUGA